AUGACGGACCAGGAAGGAGACGAGACCAUUUCGCCGAUCGAGAGAAAACGUAACGUAGUAACAUGCCACAUUGAUCAAUUAGUCGAUUCAAUAAAUACCCAAGAAAUAUCCGAUUUGCGAGUACGGUUACGAUUCGAACGCGUCACAGUUGCAUUCCGCGAAUACGAAGAGCUUUACAAUGAAUUGAUCGCGUGUCAACCUACGGCAGCCGAAACAGAACACUUCACACAUGUAUCCGACGGAUAUUACGAAAUUGCUGAACAUCUCGCGAAAGACGGCCCUCUCGCGAACAGUACAAUUCUCGGGAAUUCAACUCAAACUGAAAAACAAACUUUGCAAAGACUGCCGGUACCACAACUACCCACCUUCUCCGGAGAUUAUAACGAGUGGAUAUCUUUCUCAAACUUAUUUCAGAGUAUUAUUGAUCGACGCGACGAUAUUGCCGAUAUUAUAAAAUUUCAAUAUUUAAAAACGAGUCUGAAGGGAGAGGCCGCGCAACGGAUCAUACAUUUACAGGCUUCGGAUGCCAAUUAUCAGGUGGCUUGGUCCAUCCUUAAGGGAACCUAUGAACUUAAGAGGGUAUUGAGAAGCAAACACAUCGGGGCGAUAUUUAAUCUCAAAAAACCGGAAACGGCUAACCCAGCCACCCUUGGACAUAUACUCAACACUGUACGACAAAAUUUAACAUCCCUCGAAACUCUUAGAUGCCCACCAAAUCAUGAAUGCUUUAUUUGGCACAUCGAAAGGAUUUUACCGGAUCCCAUUGCUGAAAAAUGGCAGGAUACUCUCAAACCGAACGAUUCCCCUACUGUUAACGAUAUGUUCAAGUUUUUGGAAGCAACUAUUUCGCGCAUGCACACUAAAUCCGUGUCUAAUUCUAACAAGAGUAAUAUUAAUAAACGACCUUUUAUCGAUUCUUCAAAUGAAUCCAAGGCAUGGAGAAACGUUGAAGGAAAUCGCGUCUUUUUUACUGCAUCAAAAAAUUGUGAAUAUUGUCAAGCCACGGAGCAUUAUUUAUUUCAAUGUAGAGAAUUCGAUAAAUUAACUGUACCUAAACGAUGGGAGUUCGUAAAACAACGUAACCUCUGUAGAAAUUGUCUUAGCAAAUAUCAUUCCCCGUGUACAUCCGAGGCGCGCUGUAAACACUGUCAACGAUUCCAUCAUUCAAAAUUACAUUCUUUGUGUCCAUCAAAAUAG